UUAACUUUGACAGCUUUAGAUUUACUUUUCUCUUUUGGGGCUUUAGAUUUAGCUUUAACAGUUUUGGCAGAUUUGCCUUUAAUUUUCAUUAUGAAUCUACCUUCUUUUUACGCUAAGUGAUCAUAUACAUUUUCACACUAAAACAAAUACAUUUCUUUACAUAUUUUUUCUUUCAUAUACCACUUUGCUUUUUCGUAAACUUUUAUAAACUCACCAUGCCAAAUUGAGGUUCAACAAAAAACUGUCGCUGUUCACCAAGUGAAUUAUUUUGACCUACGAAACUCGUUAAACAAUAAUGCUUUAACAACUCUUUUUAUGAUCAAGAAACUUGGACUUUCGAGAGCGGUGAAACAACGAAUCUGUGUCGCUUUCUUUUGCCCAAGGCCAUUUACACGUCGGAGUGAAUGAUAAUUACAGAUUACCACAAACACACCGCCAUUCGUUCUAGAGCUAAUGACAAUGGCAACAGAAAAGGCGAAUAAUGUCCCCGAAACAAGCAAUACUGAUAAAGACGUUGAGGUACAGGAUAAGGAAACUACUGAAGGUGGCAGCAAACGCCACUCAUUCUAUAGUGCAAUACCUCUGACGCGGCGAAUGCAAGAAGGAGCAUGGGGCAAAUUUCAGGAAAGAGGUCGAAGGUCUCUUGAAAGAUUACAGAACCGAGUUUCGUCUCGUUUUAUGGGACGACCAAUUAACUUAUAUAUUGCGAUUGUUGGCGUGUUCUUUGCUAUCAUAGCUACAAUAGUUUACGUGGAGAUAUACCUACGGCCUAAAUGGCGAACCGCUGAAGAACAACUUCUGUUGGACCUAGCGGAAACCCCUGCCCCCCUUGAACGGUAAGGGCGCCAUCUGCCGAAUGGAAAUUUUGACGUUAUUACGCGAAUCGUUUUUGCUUCGGCGUCAAAAAUUGGUUGUGUGACAUCACAAAGCGGGUGUUUCAGUUCAUUUGUUUUAUAUUGUUUCUAUGUUUUUUAGUUUUCGAAGAUAGCUUGAAUAUAAAAGGAAUUACGCUGUAAUGUUACCAUUAAAGCCCUGGACCAUC